AUGUAUAAAUUGGGAAGAUUUGAAUAUAGUUUUAAUUAUAAAAUAUUUGGAAUAGAUUCAAAAAAUGAAUAUAAGAAGGAAGGAUUGGACGUGGACAUAUUUAUAGGAACUGCAAUAAAUGAAACUGAGGAAGUUUUAAAAUUAAAUAACAGUUUUUUAUCGCAAAAACUAAAGGAGCCAGAAUUACAAGAGUUUUUAAAAUCAUUUGUUUGUUUGGCAUUUCCUUUUUAUAGUCCAUAUGUCCCAUAUGAUGAAAUAUUAAUCGAAAAUCCAAUGCAUAGCAAUAUAAACAUCAUAUCAAAGAACGUUUUGAAUAUUUUUUUAAAGGCUUCGAAAUGUUCAAGUAAUGAGACGUUGUGUAAAUUAGGAUUUUCUGACCCAAAAUUCAUGUUAAAUCUGAUUAACAUGUAUGGGAGAAAUAAUGAAAAGUUAGUAAACGAGAUUAUUAAAGCCUGUAAAAUGGUUAAUAGUAAAUUUAUUGAGGAUAUGCUCUCAGUAGCCCGUACGUUGUUACAGACUUUGAGUGACAUGUAUCAGUUUUUGAGGUUAUUCGCAGACUCUUGUAACAAUUAUGAUAAGAUGGUUGAGCAGUUUACAAGCAACUCAAUCCUAGCAGACCGCUCAACUGGGACAGAUUACAACAAAGUAUUUGUUAACAGUGACCAUAUAAUGUUGGAUAUCGUUGCCAUACUUGAUAGCGUUUUAAAAUUCACUCCUGAACGCUCAUAUCCCUAUUUCUUGGGACUUGAUGUUAAGACUAAACAUGGUGUUAGUAAACUCGAACAAGUACUCACAAACUGUUAUUAUUUACUACUUUACCUAUAUCAACUAAUGGAUAAUACCAAGGAACCUAUUUAUGAAAUCAAGAAUUUUGAGAAGGACUAUAUGACGAGUUUUCAAAUUUGCGUGUAUUAUAGAUCCAGAAUAUUCAUACUUAAAAUUCUCCUUAAAAUUGUACAGUAUAACAUUCUUUCUUCUCCUGCAGACUCAGCAGAAUAUUCAUAUAACUGGCUACUAAUCUUCAUAAAGAUGGGAGGUGACCAGUAUAGCAUAGACAGAGACUUGAUAGUCCAGGACUUUAAUGAGAUUAACUUUUCAAUAUACGUCGAUGAGUGGAAUAUGAUUAACAAAAACUGGACUGAGGCUGAAAUUGCUCAAAUGAAAUCACUAGUAGUUAAUCUUAAGGAUAAAAACAUGGAACAAACCAUAACUAAGAUAAGAGAAAUAACUGAAAUUGAAGAUGAAGAUGUGAUAUUAAAUUGCUUAAGUAAGCAUGAAAAUGAUAUCGACUCGACAAUAAUUGACCUGAUUGACAACUUUACAAUAACGAAAAAAACAAGCAAACUGCCUACAGAGAUUGGGAAAAGGGGAGUUGAAAAGCUAUCAAUCUCGUAUAUACCAACGGAAAAUAAACAAGCAAUAAUGAAUUACUGGGAUUAUAUAAAUGAAAAUUCGGAAAUGUAUAAUGAUGAUAACGAGGAGGAAGAUGAUAUACCACUGAAUGUAAAUUUAAACAUUGAUAAUCUCUCCCAAUCGGAAGGCUCAGAAGAGGAUAAACCAGCUCAGAAAGGAAGAAACUUUUAUAGGAAUAAGGAGAAUCACAAGGCACAUUAUGGAAACCAUCAUAGAAGAGAUAGACAUCGAAAAAAAAUGCAGUCUGGAAUGUUAAAUUAAAAUUUUAAUAAUUUUUUAAUUGUUCAAAAAAUUUUCCCUCUCUUGCUUACUCUGAAUGUAGUGCCGUCAAAUAUUUUAGU